UCUCUAACAAAUUUAUUUCAUUUUCCUUCUUUAAUUUAUAAAAUUGUUUUGAAUAAAUAAAUAAAUAAUCGUUGAUUUCCUUUUUCUCUCUUUCUGUUCUCCUUCUGUUGGGGAUUGUGAAACUCGAAGAUCGGAUCCAGCGCUCUCUCCCUUUCCAAACCCUAAAACCAAAACCAAAAAAAAAAAAAAAAAAAAAAAAAAUUUUUUUUUUUUAAAAGGGAAACAAAGUUCUCUCCCUUUUCGCCAUUGUCAUUUCUUGUUCGAUCUCUUCUUCUUCUUCUUCUUCCUUUUUUUUUUUUUUCAAAUUUAAUUUUUUAAGUUUUACAGGUUUUUUUUUCUUUAUUCAUGGACUUUAGUGGCUCCAAGAAAGAGGAAAAAACUGCAAUAAUCCAUACCAGUUGAGAGCACGACCGAACCCAGAAUAAUCCAAGUUUUUUUCUAAAAAGAAAUUAGUGAAAAAAAGAGGAAGAAUGUCAUCAUCAAAUUCACCAUGUGCGGCGUGCAAAUUCCUCCGAAGAAAAUGCACACAAGAAUGUGUAUUCGCACCAUAUUUCCCACCAGAUCAACCACAAAAAUUCGCCAACGUCCACAAAGUAUUUGGCGCAAGUAACGUGGCUAAGCUCUUAAACGAACUCAACGCAACACAACGUGAAGACGCGGUUAAUUCCUUAGCCUACGAAGCCGAAUUCCGUUUACGUGACCCAGUCUACGGUUGCGUUGGCUUAAUCUCUGUCCUUCAACAUAAACUCAAACAAAUGCAAAACGACCUUUACAAUGCUAAAAAGGAACUCGCUUCUUACAUUGGCCCACAAGCCAUGCUCCCUAUUCUCCAACCUCAACCUCCUACUCCCAAUCCCACCCCUUACAACAUGUCCCCUAUGCUAACCAUCCCCCCUCCCGCCAUCGCCGCUGCAACCGCUCCUGGCUCCUCCCAACAGCAAAUUCUCAUCCGCGACUCCGCUCAUCAUCACCAAAUGCAACAACAACACCAACACCAACAACAGCAACAAUUGUUCGAGGCGCAGCAAUUGGCAGCCGCGGUCGCUGCCAGAGAGCAACAAGAAAUGUUUAGAGCUUAUGAGCAUAAGCAAAACCAACAACAACAGAGACAGCAGCAACAGCAACAGCAACAGCAACAUGAGCUUUUGAGGUUCAAUGGGUUUGAUGCUGGUGCUGCUGGUGCUGGUGGAUUUAAUAAUCAAAUGAAUUCUUCAGGCUCUAAUUUAACAUUAGGGACUUUUGUUGAUAACACUUCCUACCAAAUCCAAACCCAACCCGAACAUUCUUCACAUUCGCAUUCUCAUCCGCUUCAAGUACAGUUAUUUCUACAGCCGCAACAAUCUCAACAACAGAUUGAUCAAUCACAACAGACUCAUCAUUCACUACAUCAAUCUCACAAGCCUGAACCUACUCCUUCUGCAGAUGAUGGUAGGAAUAAUAAUAAUAAUAUUAACAUUGGCCCUUCUUGUUAAUUUUCUUUUUCUUUUUUUUUUCCUCUUUAGGAAUUUAAUUUUGUUUUUUUUUUCUUUUUCUUUAAUUAGCUUUUGGUUCUGAUUAUCUGAUUAAGACGACUGUUUCAUGAAGGGGAUUAUUAGUUUUAAAAUGGGUGGGAGUAUUAUUCACAGCAGGCAAGAUCCGUUUUGCAUUUAUGAAUUCAUUUUCUUCAUCAAUUCAUUUUUUUUAUGUUUUAAAAAAAAACAUAAAAAGAAUUAUUGUCUUUUCACUGCCAAGGGACGUGUCUCACUUAUUAACUAUAAAUGGAACUCUUUUUAGAAAUUAAACCC